AUGACCGAUUUAAACAAUAUAUCCGACAAAUGUUUCUCUGAAGCAAUUGUAGAGACAAUUAUUGCUACCCUUGACCAGAAGUUUCGUAUUGAUGAUCCUCAGUUAAUGAGACAAUUCCUCUUGCGUCUCGAAGCGAGCAUUGAAUUGCAUCCGGACAACAAAAAGCUAGCACAAAUAUUGCUUUUGCUAGUUACUAAGCACAGUGUUGAUCUUGUUCAAGAACUUCAAUAUGUUAAAGAAAUAGCUGAAAAGACAAAGACAUUUUUGAAAAGGACAGUCCUAAGCCAUAUAGCUUAUUUGGAAAAAAACAUUUGA